AUGCCUCUGUCGCUCCAUCUGCAGCUCAAUCUCUCUCAACCGCUCUCGCUCCCUCUGUCUCACUUUCGCCAGCUCCUCUUGCCUCUCCUUCUCCCUCCGCUCCUCCAACUCUCGCUCCAUUCUCUCCCGCUGUUCCCUUUCCUCCCUCUCCACCCUCUCCCUCUCAAACCUCUCCCUUUCCCUCCUCUCCCUCUCCUUCCGUUCCUUCUCCAUCUUUUCCCGUUCAGCCUUCUCCCUCUCCUUCCGUUCCCUCUCUGCUCUCUCCCUCUCAACCCUCUCUUUCUCUUCUCGUUCACGCCUUGCCUUCUCUUCCUGAACUCUUCUCUCCUUCUCCUUCCUCUCUUUCUCCCUUUCUUCCUUCAGCAACCUCUCCCUCUCCUCCCUCUCUUCCUCUCCGCCCUCUCCUUCUCCUCCCACUCUCGCGCAACCUCCAUCUCCCUCUCUAUCGCCCUCUCUAUCUCCCUCUUUCUCUCCCUCUCAAUCUCCCUCCGCCUCUCCUCCUCCGCCGCUUCCUCCCCGUCCCCCGCGCGCGUAACCCCCUCCCGACCUCCCCCAACGGCUCUCCUUUCCGAACCUUUCCUCUCCAAGCCUCUCAUCUCUUUCACCCGAAGCUGCGACUCCACCCUUCCGAAGCUGAGCCUCCGGUCCGACCCCCGCGCCUCCUCAGCCUCCCCCUCCUGCCUUAACCUCACUGCCUCCCCUCCUGCCUACCCUACCUGCCUCCCAUCCUGCCUAUACCUCCUCUCCGGCCCUCCCAUCCUGCUCCACCUCCUCCUCCUCAUCCCUGCCUCCCUCCUGCCCUCCCCUCCCGGCCUCCCCUCCUGCAUCCACCUCCUGCCUCCCCUCCUGCCUCCCCUCCUGCCUCCCUCCUCCUCCUGCCUUCUCUUCGCUUCCCCCUCCUGCCUCCUCCUGCCUCCCUCCUGCCUCCCCUCCUGCCUCCCCCUGCCUCCUGCCCUCCUGCUCCCCUCCUGCCUCCCCUCCUGCCCCCCUCACUGCUCCUGCCUCCCCUCCUGCCUCCCUCCUGCCUCCCCGCCUGCUCCCCUCCUGCUCCCUCCUGCCUACCCUCCUGCCUCCCCUCCUGCCUCCCCUCCUGCCUCCCCUCCUGCCUCCCUACCUUCCUCUCCCCACGUCGUCCCCUCCUACCAGCAAGUGGCCGAUUCUCAAAAGGACGAGACUGCCUCUCUUCCUGUGUCCUUCCCCUCCUGCCCCUCUUCCCCUCCUGCCCCUCUUCCCCUCCUGCCCCUCUUCCCCUCCUGCCCCUCUUCCCCUCCUGCCCCUCUUCCCCUCCUGCCCCUCUUCCCCUCCUGCCCCUCUUCCCCUCCUGCCCCUCUUCCCCUCCUGCCCCUCUUCCCCUCCUGCCCCUCUUCCCCUCCUGCCCCUCUUCCCCUCCUGCCCCUCUUCCCCUCCUGCCCCUCUUCCCCUCCUGCCCCUCUUCCCCUCCUGCCCCUCUUCCCCUCCUGCCCCUCUUCCCCUCCUUUCCACCUGCCAGUGACAGGCAGCCGAUUCACAACAACAGACGAGACCUGGUCCACGCUACCACUCCGCCGGUUCACCUACCGCGAGCUACAGCAGGCCACGCAGUGGUUCGGCCCGAGCCAGAUCCUGGGCCGCGGCAGCUUCGGCACGGUGUACCGAGGCUCGGUGGAGGAGUGGCUCGGCGAGGAAGAUGACAGGAAGGUUCCAGGGGAGGAGAGAGGAGGAGGAGGGAAAGCGCAGAGGAACGAGGAAGAAAGAGCAGGGAGAGCAGGAAGAGCAGGAAGAGCGGGUGGUGGUGCUUCAGGUGGUGGUGGUGGUGGAGGUGGGAUGCCACGUCAGCGUGACGUGGCAGUGAAGGUGCUACACAGCGGCAGUUUCAAGGCCGUAGAUGAGUGUAUGUCAGAGAUUAUAAUGCUUGGGAGUUUACACCACCCUAAUCUGGUGCGGCUGCUAGGGUACUGUGUGGACUUGAAUCGGCCCCGGGGGGUGCUGCCGCAUUGCUGGUAUGAUGCUGCUAUACGGGAUGCUGCUGCUACAGCUGCUGCAGCGGCUAGGGGUGUGUCUGGUGCUGCUGCCAGCGCCGUUGAUCCCGCCACGCCUGUGCUGACGUGGCAGCAGCGCGUGCGCAUAGCUGUGGACGUGGCAAGAGGGCUGGAGUACCUGCACGGGCAGAACGUGAUUCACAGGGACUUCAAGACGUGCAACAUUUUACUGGAUGAG